AUCCAGAAUGGAGACAUCACCUUCUUCGAACCCUCAAUAGGCUCUUGUGGAGUCCAGUCCAACGCCAACGAGGCCGUGGUGGCCAUUUCCGCUGUUCUCUUCGAUUCCCAUCCCGAGUCUGCUGCCCAAGGCGGGAACCCGAACCAAAAUCCACUCUGCGGCAAAGUGAUCCGACUGGAGCGGGUCCACAAUGGAGUGCCUUGCAGCGUGGAUGCGACAAUCGUGGACAGGUGUGCAAAAUGUGGAGAGGCGGAUCUGGAUGUCACGGAGCACGUCUUCCGUCAGUUGGCUACGCCUGAUAUGGGUCGUGUGCAGGCCACUUGG